UUGCAUGAAUUCAUUGGUGUGUGUAGUAACAAUGGUAGGGUGAUUGUAAUUGGUGACGUCAAUGCAAACAUCGGCAAUUUGGGUAAUACUAGUAGAGGUGUAGGAACUCCAUCUGCGAAUGGAAAAUUGUUCUUUGAUAUGUGUAUUAGUAAUGGUCUUUGUAUAAGGGAUAUGAUGAAUGACACAGUAGGACCAACAUACACAUUUAGAUCACAUAUUAACAUAGGUCAAACGUCAUACAUCGAUCACAUCGCUAUAUCACAUGAAUUAGUGGGUAGUGUAACAUACUGUGAAGUGUUUGAGGAUUCUCCAGACUUGUCAUCCGAUCAUCUUGUUAUUCUAUCAAAACUUGAUUUAUAUAAUAUUGUACCCAUUGUGCGUGCCAAACCCCCCAGUGAGCAGUUUGCUUGGAACAAGCUGUCUGAUGACGAGAUUACGUCCUUUUACACGACGAGACUUGAACGUAACAUUGAACCUUUACUUACACAAGGGCGACAUCUUUUAAAAACCAAUGAUAUCAGGAAUGAACAAAUUGACAGUUUUAGUGAAUCAUUAGUGGAUACGAUUAUCAAAUCUUCCUGUGAUGUACCUAUCAAGAAAUUCCGGAAGCAUCAGAAACCUUUCUGGAAUCCUAAUCUGUCACAUCUGGUAAAAACCAAGAAUGUCGCAUGGCGCACAUGGGUGAGUGAAGGGCGCCCACGUCAGUCAGACAAUGAGGUACUUUUAUGUUAUAAGGCUGCUAACAAAGCCUUUAAGAAGGCUUACUCUCAGGCACAACGCGAUUUCGAACAAAAAGAGCUGGACAAACUACAAGACGACGCCAUAGAUCAACGACUUUAUUGGCAUCUGGUCUCUAGGAGUCGGGGAACUAAAUCACAAAGGAUUAACUCUAUACGGGAUGAGAAUGGUGUAAUUUUAUCGGAUCCAUCUGAAAUUCGCAAUGCGUGGAUGAAGCAUUUCUCAAAACUAGCUACACCUGGAAAAUCCCCACAUUUUAACAAACAAUUCCACGAUUACAUCCAACGGCGGGUGACUUCAUUGAGGACAGAAUCGAUGCCGAACAAAGACGGGAUUCUUGAUACGCCAAUCACUGAGGACGAAACUAAUGAUGCUCUUAAGGCUCUUAACACAAAUCGCAAUGGGAUUAUACACAGCACUAGAGAUAUCAAGGUGAAGUCCAAGCAACUGAACCAAGAUGCAAGAUUCAUGGUGGUCAUUAACAGGAAAAUUGACCAGACAUACUAUUGCAACAUUGAUAUAAUAAUGCCUGAUCUUUCAUGCCAUGUGAUCUGA